AUGUCGUCCAUUGCUGGCAACCAUCCUGUCUUCACAGACUCCCCGAAGCUUGCUGUCCGUCAGAGCACCUCCUCCCCGAAGGAAUGGAAAGGCGACCUGCUCUUUUUUCCCUUCCCUGAGGUCGGGGGAGAGGACAAGAACGCGCUGGUCAGCCUGACUGGAGCCGCUGCCGAGCUCGACGCCUCCAUUGACGGCCUCUUGUCCGAAAUCAUCAAGGAAAACGAGUUCAAGGGCAAGUCAGGAUCCUCCGUGCUGACCCGCCUUGCAAAGUCGUCGAGCUUCAAGAAACUGUCGCUGGUGGGGAUGGGGAAUGUCACCCAGGCUGCAAUGGCGUCAGGUUUCGCUCUGGGCAAGCAGAUUGCGAGCUCUGCCAAGACCGAGAAGGCGAAGACAGCAGCUGUUGUCGUGCCCCAGGGGUUUGACAGCACAGCGGUGAAGGCGAUGGCGCAGGCUGUGCUGGAGGGGAUUUACCACGACGUGCGUUUCAAGUCAGGAGAUGACAAGGAGAAAGGUUGCCUGCUAGAGAGCCUGGAGGUCAUCGCGAGCAACGAUGAAGAACGAUGCAAGAUCCUUACUGUUUGUUCGUCAGGGGUGAAGAUGGCUAGAGAUCUGGUGGGAGCUCCUUCAAACUACGUCACUCCUUCCACCCUGGCUGAGACUGCAAGGAACAUCGCCAAGGAGCAUGGAAUGAGCUGCACCAUCCUUGAGCGCGACGAGUGCGAGAGGAGAGGAAUGGGCGCGUACCUGGCGGUGUCAAGGGGAUCAGCCCAGCCCCCUAAAUUUAUUCAUGUGACCUACAAGCCCAAGGGAGAGGUGAAGAAGAAGAUUGCAAUCGUCGGCAAAGGAUUGUGCUUUGACUCAGGAGGGUACAACCUCAAGGCUGGUGCUGGAUCGAUGAUCGAGCUGAUGAAGUUCGACAUGGGAGGAAGCGCUGCAACGUUGGGAUGCGCCAAGGCUGUGGGGAUGAUGAAGCCGGAAGGAGUUGAGGUUCACUUCAUCGUGGCAGCGUGCGAGAACAUGAUCUCGUCCGACGCCAUGAGACCCGGAGACAUUUUGACUGCCAGCAACGGCAAGACCAUCGAAGUUCUCAACACAGAUGCUGAGGGAAGGCUGACGCUUGCAGAUGCUUUGGUGUAUGCGGAGCAAGCCGGAGCUCAAGAAAUUGUUGACAUAGCCACUCUGACCGGAGCAUGCAUCAUUUCGCUUGGAGAUGAGUAUGCUGGCCUGUGGAGCAACGACGAAACGAUGGGCAAGGAGGAUUUCUUACUGCAGGUUGUGACUGGUGUGCAGGAAUUGUUGUCCAGCUUCACAACGUCAGGAGAGAAGGGUGGAGGGUCGAUCACAGCUGCUCUCUUCCUCAAGGAGUUUGUCAAGGAGGCCAAGUGGUCCCACCUUGACAUCGCAGGCCCCGUCUGGAAUGACAAGGCGGGAGGAGCGACGGGCUAUGGCGUGAAGGGUCUCACCGAGUGGGUCGUCUCCAAGGGCAAGUGA